UUACGGCGGACAAGCAUUUUGAUUCCGCACUGGCUGACGUAGAAUAAAAAAGACAAACCAAAUUUUGUCGCUAGCUUUCUAUACGUACCGCAAGAGAAAUUGUUUUGAUAUUCUGCUUUCUUGCAAGCACAGAAUUAAAGCGUAUUACUCUUCAAACAUCGAUCUCCAUAACAAAUACUCCGAUAUCUAGAGAGAUAAUCAAGUGAAAGCAAAAAAAAAAAAAAAACAUGGGAGGAGAAGAUAAUGAGAUAAGAGAGAGGCUGCUGAUUAAGAAGGAAUACUUCCCAAAUUGCCCAGGCUGCAGGGUUGAGCAGUACAAGGAUUUGCAGCGCGGUUUCCCCAUUCGGGACCUUAUUCGCAUAUGGAUGAUUGUGCUCGCUUCAGCUCUUCCAAUAUCAUCUCUCUUUCCGUUCCUCUAUUUCAUGAUUAGGGAUUUGAACAUAGCAAAAAGAGAGGAGGAUAUUGGCUACUAUGCUGGUUAUAUAGGCUCAUCAUAUAUGUUUGGCAGAGCUCUGACAUCGGUGUUUUGGGGAAUAGUGGCUGAUCGUUAUGGUAGAAAACCCGUCAUAUUAAUAGGGACGAUCACAGUGGUUAUUUUCAACACGCUCUUUGGACUUAGUUUGAACUUUUGGAUGGCCCUCACCACAAGGUUUCUUCUUGGAAGUCUGAAUGGUCUACUUGGACCUAUAAAGGCCUAUGCAUGUGAAAUAUUCCGGGAGGAACGCCAAGCUUUAGGACUGUCAGCGGUGAGUACAGCGUGGGGCAUUGGAUUGGUCGUUGGCCCAGCCAUGGGAGGCUUCUUAGCUCAGCCAGCGGAGAAAUAUCCAAAUAUAUUUUCCAAAAAUUCGUUCCUCGGAAGGUUUCCCUAUUUCUUGCCUUGCUUUUGCAUAUCAGUUUUUGCACUCGGAGUAGCUGUAGCUUCCUUUUGGCUUCCGGAAACAUUACAUAAACACAAUGGUUGUGGAAGCAAUGGAUCAACAAAGGAAGAGUCGAUUGAAGAGUUAGAAAGUGCGAUACCUCAUCAAAAAGAGGAAAAAACUAAAGUAGUGGAGCGAAAUUCUAAUAAGAGCCUUUUUAAGAAUUGGCCCUUAAUGUCUUCAAUCAUUGCUUACUGUGUUUUCGCACUUCAUGACAUGGCAUACUCAGAGAUUUUCUCAUUAUGGGCAGUGAGUCCAAAAAAAUUUGGUGGUUUGAGUUUGUCAACGGAGGAUGUUGGUGAAGUUCUUGCAUUUUCAGGUUUUGGUCUUCUUGUAUUCCAAACUUUUUUAUAUCCGCACGUGGAAAAGCUCGUCGGUCCCGUGAUGAUUUGUCGCAUUGGAGGGAUAAUAUCCAUACCUUUAUUGGCCGGCUACCCCUUUAUAGCCAUGUUCUCAGGGAUCACGGUUUGGCUGCUUUUAAAUUUAGCAUCUUUGAUGAAGAAUGUUUUAUGUAUCACUAUCAUCACUGGCUUGUUCCUUCUGCAAAACAGAGCAGUGGAACAAGAACGACGAGGUGCUGCUAAUGGCAUCGCAAUGACUGGGAUGUCUCUUUUUAAAGCUAUUGGCCCACUUGGAGCUGGUGCCUUGUUCUCUUGGGCAGAAAAACGACUUGAUGCCCCCAUCCUCCCAGGUGUCCAGAUGGUUUUCUUCGUCCUUAUCGUCGUUGAAGCAAUCGGAGUGCUGAUGACAUUCAAGCCAUUUCUAACAACGGCAUGAAUUGAUUGACGAUAUUUUUGUUUUCGUUUUUUUAAGGGUAAAAUUGAUUGAUGAAAUUAAUAUCAUUUCAUGUACGCGGUUAAUUUCAUGCAAAGGUUGAAGGAAAUCAUUA